UUUCUGGACAAAAUCGAGCGCAGUGACCUUCGGGGUAACAACAGGGAGCUUGUGUUGAACACAACUAACCUCCUCCAAAUCCAUCCUUUCGAUUUGGCCGUGUACCAAGACAACGUGUAUUGGACAGACUGGCGUUACACAGCCGUCAUUCGUGUCCACGUGAACGGCAGGGGCUUAGAUAUAUUCGGUCCAGCGUUGUUGCAGUUGGCUGGGGGAAUUCAUAUCCAAGAAGAGCCUGAUUUUUGUGAUAGUUCCCCUUGCAACCACGGAGAGACCUGCAUGGACGUUGUCAACGGAUUUACUUGUCUGUGCCCUUCUGGGUCCCCUGCAUGUUCAAGUUCUGGCGACCUCUGUGACAGUGGACCGUGUGUUAACGAGGGAACUUGCAUUGAUGUACCCGGCGGAUUUACCUGUCAGUGCCCGGCUGGCUACGACGGACCAACAUGUGACAGCGUUGCUCGCUGCUUGCUUACCAAUGACCAAUCGGAUGUUCUGAUUGUGGUAUCGGUCGAGCAGGCUGUAUACCUUCCUGGUGACUUGAUUGAGUAUGGUUGCCCUGACGGAUAUCACCUCAGCGGGUCCGCCACGAGAUAUUGUCGGUCAGACUUCUCGUGGUCCGGGCAUGAGCCUGAAUGCGUCAUGGAAGAUCGGGCUUCUACUGCCCACUGCGUGCUCACCCUCAACUCAUCCGAUGUCCUCACGAUAGUAGCAGGUCAGCAGGCUGUAUACCUUCCUGGUGACUCGGUCGAGUAUGCCUGCCCAGACGGAUAUCAUCUCCGUGGGUCCGCUACCAGGAUCUGCCAGGCGGAUUCAAAGUGGUCCGGGCAGCCAGCAGAGUGCCUCAUGACGAGUUUGAGAAGUGAUGGUCGUGCAGUACCUGUGGUACCCAUUGUCAGUGGUAUAGGGGCGGUCAUCUUCUUUGCUGUAGUUCUGGCUAUUGCUAUCACUUUCUUCAUACGCAAGAGGACAGCUAGUUACGGGGACGAGUUGGUUAACACUCCUGACGUCGCAUACCGUACCUCCAAGGAUCUCUUCAUGGGGGGAACAUAUGCAGAAGCCAAGGAAACCACCAAUGAACCAAUCUACCAGGACUCCAUUCUCUAGAGAUAUCCCGUCCAAGUCUAGCCCUAAGAAAACAAUCAUACAUGAAAUCAAGAUACCAACCGCAAGCAGUAGAGCAAUGCAGGAGUCGCCAUUUCUUUUUAAAGAUCAAAUUUGAAAUGGUGUAUAAUCAUCAUGUUAGGCCUAUAAUCAAGAUUCUUAAUUUUUUUACGACGAAAUAAUAUUUAAUGACGUUUAACAUGUACUCAAGAAAUGUGUUUGUCAACUGCAAAAAAAAGUACUCGAGAAAACACACUCAACGCGAGUGACAUUUAAAUAUUACCUCUUUAUGUAUUAUUUCAUAAUAGGCAAUCGAAUAUCAAAGGAAACAUUCAGCUCAUUUUAUUUUUAGAUUUGAAUCUCAUAAACUUGAAGUGGAAGGGACGAAAAUAUCAAUUU